AUGUUUUGCUUUAACAUUUUGGCUGCAAUAUCAAUCUUAUCAGUUUUGAUUAAUGGUGAAGCUGUCCCAUUUCCAUCUGGUUCACCAGAUUAUAACACGGAAGCAAAUCCUCAGUUACCGCCAGUAACUUUCCAAAAUGUUAACUAUACUUUCCCAGAUUGUCAGAAUGGUCCAUUAAAACAUAACUUAGUUUGCAACCCUGCUGCCAAUUAUUUAGAUCGUGCAAAAGCCCUUGUUAGUUUAUUCACUUUGGAAGAGUUGUACAAUAAUACAGGAAAUACAUCUCCAGGAGUCCCAAGAUUAGGUGUUCCAGCCUACCAAUGGUGGAGUGAAGGUCUUCAUGGUAUUGCUUCUUCUCCAGGUGUCCAGUAUGCCCAAGAGGGUCAAUUUACUCAUUCGACUUCAUUCCCUCAACCAAUUUUAAUCUCUGCAGCUUUUGAUGAUCCUUUAGUUCAACAGAUAGGUACUACUAUAUCAACAGAAGGUAGGGCUUUCAACAACAAUGGUAGAGCUGGGUUAGAUUAUUGGACUCCAAAUAUCAACCCUUUCAGAGACCAAAGAUGGGGCAGAGGUCAAGAAACUCCAGGGGAAGAUCCUUAUCGUGUUUCUCAAUAUGUUUAUAAUCUUAUUGAUGGUUUACAAGGUGGAAUUGGUCCACAAGACUUGAAGAUUGCAGCAACGUGUAAACAUUUCUUUGGGUAUGAUAUUGAAAGUUGGGAAGGUCAUUCCAGAUUAGGUUAUAAUGCUAUUAUUAAUGACCAAGAUUUAGCUGAUUACUUCCUCCCUCCUUUCCAAAGUUGUGUUAGAGAUGCUAAAGUUGCCAGUACUAUGUGCUCGUACAAUGCCGUCAAUGGCGUUCCUUCUUGUGCAAACCAGCCAUACUUGCAAAAUGUUUUAAGAGAUUACUAUGGUUUAGGUGAAGGUGUAAUUGUAUCUGACUGUGAUGCCAUCUUCAAUAUUUGGGAUCCUCAUUUAUAUGCUGAUUCUCCUGCUGGUGCUGCAGCAGCCGCCUUAAAAGCUGGUGUUGAUGUUAACUGUGGUAAUACUUAUCAAUUAUACUUGGGUGAAGCUUAUUCUAAUGGAACUAUAACUGAGCAAGACCUACAAACUGCUUUAAUUCACCAAUACGGUGCUUUAAUCAGAUUAGGUUACUUUGACCCAGCUCAACAUCAACCAUACAGAUUCUUGGGUUGGAAUGAUGUUAGUACUCCAUAUGCUGAAUCUUUAGCUUAUCAAGCAGCAGCUGAAGGUAUCACCCUCUUAAAGAAUGAUGGUACUUUACCUUUCUCUAAUGGAAUUAAGAAGCUAGCUUUAAUUGGGCCAUGGGCUAAUGCAACUACUCAAAUGCAAGGUAAUUAUGCUGGUGUUGCUCCAUAUUUGAUCUCCCCUCUUGAAGGUGCCCAACAAGCAGGCUAUCAAGUAACUUAUACAGAAGGUACUUUAAUUAAUACCACUUCCACAAAUGGUUUUGCAGCUGCAUUGGCAAAUGCAAAGGAAGCAGAUGCUAUUGUUUAUCUUGGUGGUAUUGACGGAACAAUUGAAGCAGAAGCUCAAGAUAGAGACUCGCUUACUUGGCCAGGAAAUCAAUUAGAUUUGAUCGGACAAUUGUCUGCUCUUAACAAACCAUUGGUUGUGUUACAAUUUGGAGGUGGCCAGGUUGAUGACUCUUCUUUGAAAAACAAUUCUGAUGUUAAUGCUAUUGUGUGGGGUGGUUAUCCUGGUCAAAGUGGUGGAAAGGCAGUUUUCGAUAUUCUUAAGGGUACUGUAUCUCCCGCCGGCAGAUUACCAACAACGCAAUAUCCAGCUGCUUAUGCUUCUGAAGUUGCAAUGACUGAAAUGAGUGUUAGACCAAGUUCUAAUAAUCCAGGAAGAACUUAUCAAUGGUAUACGGGAACUCCAGUAUAUGAAUUCGGUUAUGGUUUGCAUUACACUAAUUUCACUGCUCAAUUACUUAGUCCAAAGAAUCAAGUUUUCAACAUCGCUACUUUGAUUCAAGCUGGAAAAUUCCAGAGUCAAUAUGCUGAUAAAGCUACAGUUACAGUUUUCAGUAUUGAAGUUGAAAAUGUUGGUAAGGUUACAUCAGAUUACUCUACUUUAUUAUUUUCCAAUAAUAAUAACGGUCCUGGUCCUUACAAGAACAAAGAAUUAGUUUCGUACCAAAGAUUACAUAGUAUAUUCCCUGGAGCUAAACAAGUUGCACAAUUACCCGUUACUUUAGGUUCUUUAAGUUCAGUUGAUUCAAAUGGGAACAGAUAUAUUUAUCCUGGUACUUACAAUUUUACUGUCGACACCGACAGUAAGACCACUUUCCAAAUCACUCUUAAUGGUUCUCCAACCUUAAUUGAAGAAUUUCCUGUGAAUGCCAAUUAG